CUCUCGGAGAAGCCCGCCCUUUUCUUUUCGGAGAAGACAGUCGGCCAUUUUAAGUUGAUCAGUCGUCAUUUCACAUCGCUACUGUAGGACGGAGAACGUCAGGACUCAAUUUCAUCCUAUUUCUCUUACAACUGUGGUGGAGAAUUGCAGCUACUAUGAACUGAAACUCUUCCUAAAACCAAAAACCAAGUAGAUCCUAGUGAAGUGACGCAUAAGCCAGUAGAUUCCAGUGUCGAGUUGUAAUUUUUUUGCACCUCAAUGUAGCUAGAGGAAAAUGGCUGUGGAAAGCAUGACUGUCCAUCCAAACUCCCCACCUACCAACCACGAACACAACAGUCUCCUGACUGACGAAAGGCCAGAGGAUGGAGAGCUGGAGGAGGGCGAGCUAGAAGAUGAUGGAGGAGAAGUGGAGGAAGAGGAGGUUGGUGGAGGUACGUCAGCUGCAGCAGCAGCAGGAGGAGGAGGUGGAGGAGGAGAUGAAGCAGGCGGAGGAGGUGAAGCAGGAGGAGAAGGGGUCGUGGAGAGACCUCGGAGGAGUAAGGAGCGCCACGCCAGCAGCGAGUCGGACGAAGAGAGAUCCCACCGCCGCAAGAGGAAGAGGAAGAAAGAGAGGGAGCGAGAGAGGGAGAAGAGGAGGUCCAAGAAGAAACGCAAAUCCAAACACAAACGCCACGCAUCGUCUGAUGACGACAACUCUGGAUUCAGUGACGACUCUGACUACAGUCCCAGCGAGAAGAGGAAGUACAGAGAGUACAGCCCCCAGUAUCCUCCUGCUUCUCAUGGGGGCUACGGGGGCUCCAAGAAGGGCAGCUACAUGAAGAUGGAGAAGCAGAGCUACGGAGGCUACGAUGACUUUGAAGAGGACAACUUUGAGGCCGAGGAAGAGGAGGAAAUGGGCGAUGAAGACUACGACGACUUCACCAAGGAGCUCAACCAGUACCGCAAGGCCAAGGAGGGAGGGGGGGGCCGCGGGGGGCGAGGGGGCAAAGGUCGCAUGAAGAACCAGAGAGGCCGUGGAGGAAUGAGGGGAGGGAGGAGGGGGAGAGGAGGGAGCAGAGGAAGAGGAGGUCGAGGUGGAGGAGGAGGUGGAGGAGGUGGAGGAGGAGGAGGAGGAAAGAUGGGAGGAGGAGACAACGACGAUGGAGACGGCUACGGAGAGGAAAUGGAGUAUGUAGACGAUGACUAUGACAACAUGGGGGAAGACGACUACGACGACUACUCUAAAGAACUCAAUCAGUACAAGAAGUCCAAAGACAGAGGACGAGGAGGUAAAGGAGGCCGUGGGCGAGGGAGGGGUAAAGGAGGACGGGGGAUGCUCCGAGGAGGAAGAGGUCGAAACCGAGGAAGAGGAAGAGGAGACAUGGGCAACGAUGAUGACAACAACGGGGACAUGGAUAACGGGGAUGGAGGUGGAGGAGGUGACGGACCAGGACCUGGGAGGAGGAACCAGAAUGAGAAGCACCAGGACAGGAAAGGAAAGGCCAUCUGCAAGUACUACAUCGAGGGACGCUGCACCUGGGGAGACCACUGCAACUUCAGCCACGACAUCGAGCUGCCCAAGAAAAAGGAGCUGUGCAAGUUCUACAUCACUGGGUUUUGUGCCCGAGCCGACCACUGUCCUUACAUGCAUGGUGAGUUCCCCUGUAAGCUGUUCCACACCACGGGGAACUGUGUUAAUGGAGACGAAUGCAUGUUCUCCCAUGAUGCCCUCAACGAUGACACCCAGGACCUGCUCAACAAGAUGCUGGAGGAAGAUGCGGAGGCCGGAGCAGAGGAUGAGAAGGAGGUGGAGGAGCUGAAGAAGCAGGGGAUCAACCCUCUCCCCAAGCCCCCUCCUGGAGUCGGCCUCCUCCCAACUCCUCCCAGGCCUGUCCCUGUAGACGUCAACACAGGACCUGUGGACUUUGGCGGGCCUCCAGGGGGAGACUUUGGGGGUCUUUCUGGACCUAACCAGGUGCCCAUUGCUAACAAAGGUCCCCCAGGACCGGGGCCUGUCCCUGGGCCUAACCCCUGUGUCGGGCCCCCUGUCCAUGGCCCGGAUGGAAGCCCCUUUCAAGGUGGGCCCCCAAAUCCAGGUGGCCCUCCUCCCUGCAUGGGCCCCCCACCUCCUUGUGGUGGAGGAGGAGGAGGCCUCGGGAAGAAGAUCCCCUCAUUGUUUGAGAUUAAAGUCCAGCCAACAGGACAGCUCGCUCAGAAACUAGCCGUCAGGGGCCAGACUCCCAGUGGUAACCAGGGUCAGACUGCAGCCCCUGUGGCCCCUGGUGGCCCUCCGCCCUGCUUCCCUCCCCCUGGCAUGAUGCCCCCUGACAUGCAGAACAUGGGCCCCAACCUUGGGAUGAACCAGGGCCCCCCAAACAUGGGCCCCGGUGGACCACCCAUGAUGGGAGGGUUUGCGCCUGGUGACGGCCCUCCACAUGGAGGAGUGAUGCCUCCGGGGCCCCCAGGGGGCGGAGGAAACUUCUUCAAUAACUUCUUCAACCAGCAGGACAGCAUGCAGAUGGAGGGAGUGGUGCAAGAAGGUGACAACUAUCAGGGUUUUGCUGGUAUGGACGAGAGAGGGAAAGUAAGUAAUCAGUCAGGAGGCCAAGAAGGCUCUGCUAACGGAGCGUCGGCCAGCCAAGGAGGGAUCUCUGUGCCUGACUUCCUGCCUCCAGCGCAGCGUGUCCUGUUCAUGAGGAUCCAACAGAAGCAGCAGGAAGAAGAGGAAAGAGCUCGCAGGAUGGCCGAGGGCGGAGCAGAGAAGACGAGAGACACUGAAGGCGACUCAGGGAACUGGUACUCCAGUGAGGAUGAGGAUGGCGGCGGUAGUGUGACCUCCAUCUUGAAGACGCUCCGUCAACAAACCCAGGCUCCCCAGAAACCCGACGGCCCCCCCAGCGACCCUCGGCUCCUGAAGGCCGCUCCCGCCAGCGCUCCGUCUCGGCCAGCGGACCCCCGCUUGGCUCGGGACCCCCGCCUGUCCCGUGCUCCAGAACCAGAGUCCAUCCACGCCAUGCCCACUCUGACGUCCUCUGGCCCUCCUGCAGACCCGAGGCUAGCCCGGCUAGCUGCUUCUGUCUCUCCAGCGUCCACCUCCCACUCGCCUCCUGCUGCCAAAACAGAGCCUCCUCUGGUCUACAAGCCCCCACCUCUCACCACCCCAGCCACGGAGGAGGAGGAGACGGAGCGGGUUCUACGGGACAAACCGGUGCCGGUGCCCCUCGACCCGCUCAUGGGCAUGGCUCUGAGAGACCCCCGGACCCAGCUGCAGCAGUUCAGCCACAUCAAGAAAGAUAUCGUUCUCCACAUGCCGGCCUUCGCCAAAACCAUCACCUGGUCUCCUGAGGACCUCCUGCCUCUCCCCCUCCCCAAGCAGGACCUCCUCCCCCUCCCACCAGGCAUCCCCCCUGUCUCCUCCAUAGACCCCCGUCUGUCCCGCACCCAGCAGUCCCUCCAGACCUCCACCCCUCACUCCCAGCCCCCUCCCCUCCAGCCCCCUCCCUCCUCCUUGGACCCCGCUGCCCCCUCCUCCUCCUCCCUCCCAGAUUUUGAACUUCUCUCUCGUAUCCUGAAGACCGUCAACUCCAGCCCGUCCCAGACUCCCUCCCCUCCUCUCUUACCUCCCCCUGUCCCCCCCAUGUCGCUGCUGGGCCCCCCUCCCUCCAUGCCUCCCCCACCUGUAGAGAAGCCCGUAGACCCUCGUGUGGCCCGUAAAACCCUCUCAGACCCCCGUCUGCAGCCUCAGAAGUCGGCUCUGAAGCAGCCGACGGACCCCGCGCCUCCUCCGGCGCCCGCUACCUCUCCAGCAGCAACAUCUAGCCCCUCCCCCCCGACCAUCGCCCCUUAUGACCCGAGGCUGCUCAGCUCAGGGGGAGUGGGCCGCGGUGGGGGGGUCGGGGCACCAGGGGGCGCCAGCGUGCUGAGCAGCAUCAGUCUUUAUGAUCCUCGGACUAACAAACCAGGCAGCCCUGGAGCCGGCAGCGGCUCCAACAACUCCCCCAACUCAGCCAGCACAGAGUCCAAACCCAGCGACCCCCCCGCUGCUAAACCCAAGUCCAAGGAGCCGCUGUUUGUCCGGAAGUCUGCGCUCGACCAGCCGGAGCCGGAAAAAAGUGAGGAGAAAGGAACGGAUCGCUACAACAGCUAUAACCGGCCUCGGCCCAAACCUGCACCUUCGCCCAACUCCACGGCUCAGAUAGGACCCGCCGCCGCCGCCACCGGGUGUCAGGGGGCGCCCGGAGCUGCUGGGGAUCAGGGGCCCGCCGGGGUCCACAACCUGCCAGUGUCCACAUUAUUCGGGGUGGUAAAGCAGGCGGCCAUGCCUGGCGGGACCGGCAGCCCGUUUGGAGGCAACAGCCCGGUGCAGCAGGCGGAGCAGACGACCACGGAGCAGGACAACGCCUCGCUAAAAGACGUUUUUAAAGGCUUCGACCCCACAGCCUCGCCCUUCUGCCAGUGACCCCCCCCCCCCCCCCCCCCCCCCCCCGAACGUUGGACCCUAGAAACUGGCGUUGGCUUGUUUUAACGUUUUGGACACUGAACAGAUCAGUGAGGAGGAGAAAGAAAAGCGCACUGAGGCAGCUGCCUGUGAGACUGGUUAAGAAGACAGACUCUUGUCAACAAACUGACGUCACACACACGUAAAAACACACACACACUUCACCGCAGUGUUGCAGAUUCAGAUUCUAUAAAAGACUCUUUGGGUUGUGGGAAGGGUUUAAAGUUAAAUCUCUAAAGCUCUAUUUUAAGCAAACUUAUUGAUGUAUAAAUAAAUGUAUUCUCUUCUUCUCGAUGCUCGAUGAAAACAGUUAUUCAGACAGCAGCAAAAAAACAUUUAUAAGGAAUUAAUUAACCUUUUAUCUUUUUUCAUCAUCCACCUUAUUUCAGUUCCUCAUUUUUUUCCCCUCACCUUUAAAACAGUGGAUGCGUUUGUUUAUAUUUUUGGACAGUCGAUGUUGGCAACAGAUAAAAAUACGGGAUACAUCUCAGCUGAUUUGUGGUGUUUAGAUGUAAUGAACGGCUCAGAUUAUUAACCCUUUAUAUCACAUCUCUUUAACCCUGUUGCUUGUCAAACAAAAGCACAUGUUUCAUCAUGACUCACCACGUCACUUUUGCUUCAGAAACACCUAAAUUUAAAUCUAUAUUCAGAUUUUUUUUUUUAGUAUUUAUUUUUCUACUUCUUUGCACUGUUGGUUUAAGUCCUUUAAGGGGUAUAUUAAUGUUUUAAAUGUCUCCAGCUGUUCAUAUACUGUUUCAUUUCAGGUAUUUAGCUCUUACCUAAACCGGGUAACUCUGCUGGUACAAGAAGUGACUUGAGAUCUUUUAGUACUGCCUCUCUAACCACUACCCCCCUUAGUUUUUCCCCUUCAACGUCCUGUUGCUCAGACUUUCACAUAAACAUGUUUAGUUUUAUCUUUCUGUGAAAAAUGAAGAGUUCUGACAGCUACUGUAGCUGUGAGAGAUGGAAACGAUCCCCUCUCCACUGGCACAUUUUCAUAAUAUGGAGCAUUAAAGUUUUCUUCUCUUCAGAAAGGAUAAUUUCAAAGAUUCAACCUGUAAUUAGUCAGCCUCCAUUGAUUCAUAAGAAAAGAAUGCUUUGAUUUACUCACUCAAUUCAUUACCUAGCCUUUAGCUUUUAGUUGUUCUGUUUUAAUUACCUUUUGUUAAGGAUGGAGAGAGAACAGGACAGAAGUUUUCUCAGAGUGGGUGGUGGAGUGGAAUAAUUUCAGCCUCACCGCAUCAGUUCAUAAGCUUUUAGCUUUAGUGGCUGCUGACAGUGUGACAAUCAUAAACUGAACUUGGACCUAAAAUUAAAUGAAUGCAUUAAUGUUGCAUUUCUCUGUGCAAGUGUUCCCUCUUACCGCUCCGCAUGAAGACAACCAUGUCGUUCAAAAGUCCGAUCUUAAUGUGAGUUGAAAUAACUUUGGACAAACGUGGAUUUAUCUCUCAGGUUUGCAGCUGAAGAAGUGCACACUUGGAGAUGGAUUGGAUUCACACUGAGAGUUUAAAUCUGUUCUCCAGAGCCCCCUUUUCUUUGUUUCUGCCCCCAAAACCAUAAACAGUUGAAGUGAGAACUCAAGUGCAGUUUCUCAUCUUGUUCCCGUUAUGCCAGAUUUUGUCGCCAGGCUUGUUUGAAAAUCUUUAAACGUGGCGUCACCGUCGAGGAGCUUUUUUCGACCUUCUUGUGUAUAAAUGUUGAUCAUUUUAAUUUAUUUUUUUAUACUUGGGUAAAUACACUUCCUCACGUGACAUUUUUGAACUGAAUCAUUUUAUAUGUCAAGAAUAUGUGAUUUUCACUCACCUCAGUGGGACGCAGGCAGCCUGGAACAGUGUGAAGAAAAAAAGAGAAACACCUAUUUUUUUAUUUGGUUUUUGUGUGUAAAGAUUCAAACUAACAAAAUCUUCACUUUUGCUCCCUCCUGUCAGGCCACGAAAACAGCCUGUUUGUUAGCAAGUGUGAGAGUCACUGUUGAUUUGUUCUUUCCUUUAUGGCUUGUUUGUUUUUGUUUGUUUUUCUUGCUCUGUAAAUUUGACCAGUAUCCUGUCUUUGGAGGAGUUUUCUAACUGUACACUGUAGGUGAGGUAGUUAAAGUAUUUAAAUAAAGUUGAUACAUGAUCAACCAGUUAAAACUA